GCCGGCCUCUGCGUCCCAGAAUCCAAGAUGGCGGUUUCCAGGCGGAGGGGUCCCCAGGCUGGAGCGCGGUCGUUCUUCUGCGCCCUGCUGCUGUCGUUCAGCCAAUUCAUCGGGAGCGACGGCACGGGAGGCGACGCUGCGGCUCCCGGCGCCACGGGCACCCAGGCCGAGUUGCCACACCGCCGUUUCGAGUACAAAUACAGCUUUAAGGGGCCGCAUCUGGUGCAGAGCGAUGGGACCGUGCCCUUUUGGGCCCACGCGGGGAAUGCUAUUCCAAGUGCAGAUCAGAUUCGAAUAGCGCCAUCAUUAAAAAGCCAAAGAGGUUCCGUGUGGACCAAAGCAAAAGCAGCCUUUGAGAACUGGGAAGUGGAAGUGACAUUCCGAGUGACCGGAAGAGGUCGAAUUGGAGCCGAUGGCUUAGCAAUUUGGUAUACAGAAAAUCAAGGCUUGGAUGGCCCUGUGUUUGGAUCAGCUGAUAUGUGGAAUGGUGUUGGAAUCUUUUUUGAUUCUUUUGACAAUGAUGGAAAGAAAAAUAAUCCUGCUAUAGUAGUUAUAGGCAACAAUGGACAAAUCAAUUAUGACCAUCAAAAUGAUGGUGCCACUCAAGCUUUAGCAAGUUGUCAGAGGGACUUUCGCAAUAAACCCUAUCCUGUCCGGGCAAAGAUUACCUAUUACCAGAAAACUCUGACAGUCAUGAUCAAUAAUGGCUUUACACCAGAUAAAAAUGAUUAUGAAUUCUGUGCCAAAGUGGAAAAUAUGGUUAUCCCCACACAAGGGCAUUUUGGGAUAUCUGCUGCAACAGGAGGACUUGCAGAUGACCACGACGUUCUUUCUUUCCUGACUUUCCAACUAACCGAGCCUGGAAAAGAACCACCUACACCAGAAAAAGACAUUUCAGAAAAAGAAAAGGAAAAGUAUCAAGAGGAGUUUGAGCACUUCCAGCAAGAGUUGGACAAGAAGAAGGAGGAAUUCCAGAAGGGCCACCCUGACCUCCAGGGCCAGCCAGCCGAUGACAUCUUCGAGAGCAUAGGCGACCGGGAGCUGAGACAAGUGUUUGAAGGACAGAAUCGUAUUCAUCUGGAGAUUAAGCAGCUUAACCGGCAGCUGGAUAUGAUCCUUGAUGAGCAGAGGAGAUAUGUCUCUUCCCUGACAGAGGAAAUUUCCAGGAGAGGAGCAGGGACCCCAGGACAGCCCGGGCAGGUUUCUCAACAGGAACUGGAUAAUGUCGUGAAGACCCAGCAAGAGAUUCUGAGACAAGUGAAUGAGAUGAAGAACUCCAUGAGUGAAACUGUGCGGCUGGUCAGUGGCAUCCAGCACCCGGGCUCGGCAGGCGUCUACGAGACAACUCAGCACUUCAUGGAUAUCAAGGAACACCUGCACGUCGUGAAGAGAGACAUCGACAGCCUAGCACAGCGCAGCAUGCCAUCUAAUGAAAAACCAAAAUGCCCAGAUCUACCACCAUUCCCGUCGUGUCUGUCCACGAUCCACUUUGUGAUAUUUGUAGUAGUGCAGACGGUGUUGUUCAUUGGCUAUAUCAUGUACCGGACUCAGCAAGAAGCAGCUGCCAAAAAAUUCUUUUGACCUUCAUUUUCCUAUGUGUGCAUCAUCUGGGCUAGACUUUCGCUGGCUUCAAGACAAUUUACCUCUUACUAAAGUAAUGGUCUCGUUUGCUAUGGGAUCCAGAACAACACUGUUUAGUAAUGUGCUACCAAAUUGUUGUAAGCCUUUGUAAGUUUCCUCUCAUGUCAUUUGCAGAUUGUCUGACAACCUAAAAUCUAUGUAAGACUUUAUGAAGAACACUUACAUUGUGGCACUACCUAAUUUGCACCGUGUGUGCAGUCUCUCCUUGCAUUUUCUGCUGGCAUUUAUCUUAGAAGUGUCACAGCGCACUCACAGUGACUCCACAAAACUCACUGCAGCACACAGUGCCCGCUUUCUCCUCUGGAGCUUGCAUUUGACACUCAUGUUCUAAUGGAGUGUCAUCUUCCAGAACUCACUUAUAUUUAAAAAAAAAACUUCAGACAAGUGUCAGAUUGUAGACUGUGAGUCCUGGGAAGUCUUCCUGAGAUAAAGGCUACGAAAGCCAGUGUUACAAAGUCCAAGGUCACGUGUGCCUGAAUGCUAAGGGAAUCCCAGCUCUGGGCAGUGUACAUUUUCAGGCCAAGUCCAAGGGGGCAUCCACUGCUCAUCCCUAGUGUGACUGCAGACAGUCAGUGUAGCAGGAGCAGGGGUCCUUUUACUUCUAAAUGCUUAAAAAAUCACUCAGCAAGGUAGUUCACAUAGUAUAUCUGUCUUUGUUUGUUUUUCUCAAAAUCAUUAAGUCUAAAUAGCUUACUUCUGAGCAAACCCUGCUCUGUGGGAAAUUAUCACUGCCAGAGCUCCUCCAUAUCUGUAGUGUCUUGUGUGAUUAGAAUAACUCAACUUCUCACACCAGCAAGUAUUUUACAGGUGCCUUGGAUUAAAACAAAUUUUAUUUUAAAACUUUAAGUCUUUGUUUAUGACAUUACUUUUAAGAGAGAUCUCAAUUAUGUAAUUGCCGACAGGCUUAUUUCAACGCUUUUCUCAGUUAAAACUUCACCGUGAAGUCACAAACAAUAACCACUGUUUCAUCAUGUGUUGACGGCACAUCGGUGUUUUUUCAGAGUACGGCCCGUGGACCAGCCAUUGAGUUCAUGGAAUGCUUAUUAAGAAUACAGAUUCCAAGGCCCCAUUCCAGUCCAUCCAUGUCACAACUCAGGUGGGCUGCAGAGUGUCCAUCGCACAGACACCACAGACAUAGCACACUGACAGUUGAGAACCACUAGAAUGGGGAGUAGGGGAAAUGCUUGAUGGGCGUUUAUUGUGGGCUCAGAGCCGAGCCACACACAUUUUCACUGUUAUUGAGACCAGCAUUUGUGCUGGUUCGUCUGUGCAUCUCAGUGUUCACUCACUAACUCUCCAUUCACUAGCAACUUCAAACUAAGUCCAGGUUGUUGGCUGACCUCUCGGCCAGCCUUGAGGGGUAACUUUGAAACCUAUAGAAGCAUCUUUGGCUCGUGGCAAAGCUUAACUGUGCCCCUUGUGAAGCUUGCCUGCCAAAGCCGUUGCCUUCCCGGUGGUCACCACUGCUCAUCUCAGACGCUGCACAUGUUGAUAGCAUGAGGAAAAUGGGAAAGACUUGAAUAAGGGUUGCUCACCUGCUGCUCUAGGAGAAUCAGUCUUCAUAAAGAACAUCACUGACACUGACUCUCGGCAGCGCCCACAUGCUGGUUGGAGGAAGGCAAUGAACACGUUAGUCAUUGGGAACUUUGUAAGAUUUAGGGUGGGAUCAGCUCUUAGAACUUUUUAAAUCUGUAUGUUGCCCGUUUUAAUAUAUUUCUCUUAUGAUGUUAAAGUCUAAAAGGGUUUUCUAUCCACUGUCAAUUUUAAUUAUAUAACAUUUUGUCAAGGUUUUGUUUGUUUUUGUUUUCCUUUUCUGAUUGUUACUUGAUGUUAGCUGGAAUUCAAGAAAUGUCAAUGACUUUAUUCAAAUAAAAGAAAUAUUUUAGUAAA